AUGAAGAAAGUAGGACAUCGUACUAGUAGGGAUGCCCCCUCUUCUUCUAGCGGUCGAAGUAGUAACAGCUCGGGGGGUGUUGAACAGGAAGACGUCGCUCUAGGUCAACAAAGCAAUGUGGGUCAACAUCGUCAACGUGGUCAAGGUCAUGGAGGUGGUGGCGCCUCAUCAUCGUCUUCAUCUUCAGUCCCAUCUACUUCACACCUGGAAAGUAACAAGACAGGCGUGGACGUGGACAGAGUCAGGAGGUUGUUGAAACCCCGCAUGGUGUCUCCAGAAGAGGCAGCAGCCGCGGAAGCACAUGCAGUAACUAUUCCUUCGUCUUCUAAUAUUUCUUGUCAGCGCAACGUCAAUUUUGUUCGUGGUGCUGCCUCUGGGUCCAUCAAAAGUGUCACUUCUCUCCUAGCCGAAGGGCCUCAGGAUUCAGGGGGUCCUAUUGAAGCAUCAAGUAGCAGUUCAAGUUCUGCUUCGCCGAAUAUCUCCAAGUUGAGACGCGAGGAGGAAGAAGAUGCUUCUAAGAAACGGCAUAAGCAGUCAAUCAACAACGAUGCUGGUCAUCAUGAUGCUCAUCGGUCCCCGUCGAGAAGCUCGAGCUCUUCUUCUCCUUUCAGUCAUCCACCAGCAACUGGCACCUUGACACGAGCGGCUGAUCCGUAUUCAGUCGGAGUAAGUAUUCCGAUUGGCGCAGUAGUAGGGAGAAGUAGCAGCUGCACACCUCGACGAGGGCAUAGCGCAGGUGCCAACACAAAGACGAAUGCUGUUCCUAGUACGAGUGGCAUCGCAGCCCAGGAGGAAACAACUCCAAGCAUCACUGGGGCUCCUGUUCCUCUAUCACAAUGGCUGAAUAUCCAAAACAUCAACGAGAAUAAGGAAGAUAAUAAUGGUAGCGAGGAUAGACAUUAUGCCAAGGAGGUGGACCACAACCUGCACCUCGAGGACAAUAAAGACAACAAGAACUCUCCAAAAAGACCUGACCAUAUUUCCGAGGAAAAAGCAGAUACGAUAGCUAAAAAAAUCAGAGCCGGCCUUCAACUUCGUAGACCUGAUGCAUCUUCGACAGCGCCAGCAGAACCAGGAAAGGUGAACAACGUCCUCGACAACCAGAACAUCAAGCACAACACUAGUAGAACUAGUAGUGAUGAACAAGACAGCACUUUUAGUAGCAAGAAGGCCUUGAAAUCCAUAUCCUCCUUGUCCGAGUUAAACACGAACUAUUCUCCACGUGAUGCUGUUCAUCCAAGGAGAAAGAGGUCAGAGGAGGAGGUAGGGGGCCAUUGUCAAGCAAAAAGAAGAAGAUCGGACGAAGAGCCGAUGGCUACGUCGGCAGCGUCUACCCUCAUGGCUAAUGGCGUUGCCGCGCCGUCCUCAUCUUCGCUAUUGAAUUUGAAGGUUGCUGGAGCUGCCAAAAGUAGUUGUACUCAGAAGGACCACAACAUGAUCCAUAGCCCAAAGACUAUCGAACCGCAUGUGCUUCCACCACCCUCUCCCUCUUCGACAUGUCAACAUCAUGCACAACUUCUAGGUCCUCAGCAAGGAGCAGAGAAAGCGACUACUACAUCUUCAAGAUCAGUGGAUGCUCAACCGAGGGCUCCAAUCCAGCCACUCCGUCUAGGAGGCUCUCUUGGAGGGUCCAUUUUGUCAGCCCCAGC